AUGUGCUCUCUCUCUCUCUCUCUCUCUCCUGUGGGCGUAUUCCUCCUCCUCAGACGCAGGCAAGGCAACUGCCACAUGCGUGGAUGGUGGACGCUCUCGCCCGGCGACGUGCUGAACAGCGUGCAUGUUACUGCUGCAUGCACGCGCCGUACUGUUGCGCGGCAUGGCGUUGGCAUGACCGCCAGGGCAUGGCGUUGUCCGUCCCGGCGUGAGCGUGACGCCAGGGCAGCAAGCACGUCGUUAAAUAUCGUCCGUCCCGGCCCGACAAAUCCUCCAUCUGCAGCACAGUACGUAGGGCAGAGGUGGCAGAAGGCGGCGGCGGUGCCGCGGGUGGUCUCCAUCCUGUCGGCGCUGCUGCAGCGGGUGGCGGAGCGCAACGACGCCGCGGCAGCGGAGGGCAGCGCGGUGGUGGCGGCGCCGGCGGCUGCGGCUGGCCGCCCGCGCCCGGUUUCGGCGUUCCAGGGGCUCACCAAGCCGGCCAUCUCCAUCGGCGGCUACCUGGAGCGCAUCUUCCGCUUCGCCAGCUGCAGCCCGUCCUGCUACGUCGUCGCCUACAUCUACCUCGACCGCUUCCUGCGGCGCCGCCCCGCGCUCGCCGUCGACUCCUUCAACGUCCACCGACUCCUCAUCACCUCCGUCCUCACCGCCGUCAAGUUCGUCGACGACAUAUGCUACAACAACGCCUACUUCGCGCGGGUGGGCGGCAUCAGCCUGGUGGAGAUGAACUACCUGGAGGUGGACUUCCUCUUCGGCAUCGCCUUCGACCUCAACGUCACGCCCGCCGCCUUCGCCUCCUACUGCGCCGUGCUCCAGAGCGAGAUGGCCUACCUGGACACGCCCGUCGAGGCGCCCCGGCUGCACCACUGCUACACCGCCGCCGGCACGUCCGAUCACCACCACGACGACCCCGCCGGCGCGGUCGCAGCAGCAGCGGCCGGCUGCCACCGUCACAGUCAGCCGCAGCUCACCGUCUGA